GACCAGAAGUCCAGCAUGAUGUAUCAGUUGCAGUAUUUGUCGGGUAUAGUCAGUGUUUGGUGAACUAGUGUGAGCUUUGUAUCUAACCGAAGCUUUAAUCGAGUUAAUAACAUAAUAGCUUCGGCUAUGGUUCUCUAUGGGGUGACGUAAACGGCCCGGGCUCGGCGGUGAGCGAGGCCUCGCGCGCAUUGUCUGCCCCCUCCCGCCCCUGUUGGCGGCGCGCAGCCUGAUUGGCCCGGGCCUGCGAAAGCUUGCUCGGGGAUUCUGGAUGUACAGGCCGCAGACGCGCUACGGCUGCAAAAUAACACCAAAACCGCAUUAUCAUGCCUUCGGUACAAUAAGAACCCCGUCGGUGCACCGAGGACGACUCAACGGACCAGGCGGGGUCAUUACGUCAUCCUGGAAAUUCCCUCCACAACGUUGAAACAACUUCUUUGGGGAGAUCCGUUUUGCGGAUGUUGCCCUGAGAAAUCACACCCCCCCCCCCCAAUGAUAGUGUGACAUUACACAAGUCCAUCUCAUCUGAUUCUAGACAACCCAAUGAAGGUAGAGCUUCCCAUGCUCUAUAAUGUGAAUUUUGUAGUCUUGCAGUGCAGCAUGAGUUCAGUUUGCACAAGAGUUUUGUGUUUUUCUCCCUGAUGACCCACACACAAUGCGGCUUUAUAUUUGACACUUUCAUGUGUAGUAGGUACACUGUCAGCAAAUGUGAAGCAUUGUAAAUAAAAGAAAUCCAAGAAAUGGAUCAAGGAGGAGGGGUCCUAGAACUUCACUCCCAGGAGUUGAAAAUGCCCCACACAAUGAUAAUGCAAGACUUUGGCAUGGGGGGCAUGGCCCACAUUGAUGGGGAACACAUUGUGGUAUCUGUACCUGAAGCUGUGCUGAUAUCAGAUGUGAGCACUGAUGAAGGCAUCCUAUUGGAGCAUGGCUUGGAGGCUGAAGUGGUGGAAGGGCCAGGCAUUGGCCAAGAGGAUGUCAUCAUGGCCGAAUCUAUCCUGGGAGCUGAAGUGGCCAUUGAGGAGGCUCUGGACGCGGAUCACCAUGUCCUGACUGCCGAACUCAUCGAAGAAUCUGUGCCUGAGCAGGUGUUUGUGACUGAUCUAAUGUCUACACAUGAGGAUAGUUCAUUGGAUCCUGAGCUGGUGUCAGAGGAGGUGAUGGUUGCAGACACAGAGGCCAUAGUUCAGGCACACGGGAACACCCCACCCUGCGAGACCCUCAAGACUGAUGACGACGAAGAUGGCAAGAGCACCUCGGGAGACUACCUCAUGAUCUCAUUGGAUGAUGUGGGGGAGAAGUUGGAUAUCAGUGAUACGCCGUUAAAAAUCAGCACAGAGGUGGGCCAGGAUGAUGAAUCCAAGGAGGACGAGUUUGGCUCUGAGGUUAUCAAAGUGUACAUCUUUAAGGCUGAAGGGGAUGAAGAUGUGGAAAUAGGUGGAACAGAGGUUGUUGCAGAGAGUGAUUUCCCCAACGGGCACACAGUUUUAGAGGCAGCAACAGCAAGUACCGGUCGGCUGCCCAGGGAGAAAAUGGUCUACAUGGCGGUGAAGGAUGCAAGCCAAGGACAGGAAGAUAUGAAUGUUUCUGAGAUGACUGACCAAGUGUACAUGGAGGUGAUCGUUGGGGAAGACGAGGCUCCUGCCAUACAAGAAGCACAAUUGGAGGAUUCACCAUCGAAUAAGACCUUUGUUCCUGUUGCAUGGGCAGCUGCUUAUGGUAACAAUCUGGAGUCUCAUUUAGAGAGUAAGCAUGGAGCAACCACUCCAUACCUGCAAAUCAGUGACAACAUCAGUACAAGCCGCGCUCUCAAACAGAGGAUCAAGAAGAAGAAGAAGGGAGAAACACGGCAGUGCCAGACCGCUGUAAUAAUUGGCCCUGACGGCCUUCCACUGACGGUCUAUCCUUGCCACAUCUGCGGCAAAAAGUUCAAGUCACGUGGGUUCCUGAAGCGGCACAUGAAGAACCACCCAGACCACAUGUUUAAGAAGAAGUACCAGUGUACAGACUGUGAUUUCACUACUAACAAGAAGGUCAGCUUUCAUAACCAUUUAGAGAGCCACAAGCUCAUAGUCAAGAACGAGAAAGUCCCAGAGUACACAGAGUACACACGGCACUACCGGGAAGCGAGUCCACUCAGCCCCAACAAGCUGAUUUUGCGUGACAAGGAACCCAAGCUGCACAAGUGCAAAUACUGCGAAUAUGAGACGGCUGAGCAAGGCCUGCUCAACCGCCACUUGCUGGCAGUACACAGCAGAAACUUUGCACAUGUUUGCGCAGAGUGUGCCAAGGGCUUUCGCCAUCCGUCUGAGCUCAAGAAGCACAUGCGGACACACACGGGCGAGAAGCCUUAUGGCUGCCAACGCUGCGACUUCCGUUGCGCUGACCCAUCGAACUUAAAGACUCAUGUAAAGAGCAAGCACGGUGCUGAACUGCCGUUUAAAUGUGCCCACUGUCCACAGGCGUUUGCUGAUGACAAGGACCUGCAGAGGCACAUGGAGGUCUUUCAGGGCCACAAGACUCAUCAGUGCCCACAUUGUGAGCACAAGAGCACCAAUUCGAGCGACCUGAAGCGCCACAUCAUCUCGGUGCACACCAAGGACUUUCCGCACAAGUGUGACGUGUGCGAAAAAGGCUUCCACCGGCCAUCAGAGCUCAAAAAGCAUGCAGAAACGCACAGGGGCAACAAGGUGCACCAGUGCCGGCACUGUGACUUUAAGAUUUCAGACCCUUUCACUCUGAGUCGACACAUUUUGUCAGUGCACACAAAAGAACUGCCUUUUAAGUGCAAACGCUGCAAGCGUGGUUUCAGGCACCAGAACGAACUCAAGAAACAUGUGAAGACUCACAGUGGCCGAAAAGUCUACCAGUGCCAGUACUGUGAGUAUAACACGGCGGACGCCUCAGGUUUCAAACGCCAUGUAAUCUCCAUCCACACUAAGGACUAUCCACAUAGGUGUGACUACUGCAAAAAGGGUUUCAGACGGCCCUCUGAAAAGAAUCAGCACGUAAUGCGCCAUCACAAAGACACACUGAUAUAACACUCCUUUGUCCCCUUCACCUCGUAAAUUAGAACCUAAUUUAAACAACACAAGAUGAGAAUGGAAUGGUACAGUUCAGUCGGGUAAUUGCUUUUUACUUUUUUUUUUCCCCCGCAGGCUUUUGUUAAAGCUUUUCAAAUAACCUUAAACUACUAUUCCCAUUCUUGGAGCAGGAUUGCUAGGGGCAGCCAGGGUCUCAAAUAAUUAUAUUUUUCUAUCUACCUGGCUGAAAUGCUGCAAGUGAAUUAUGUCCUUAAUGUUAAUUGGGUAAUUAUUGCUUGACAUAUAUGCUGUGAUCGAACAGAAAUGCCCAUUAAGAUUCCCUGUAGCCAUGUUGGUGUGGGCUGCAGUGUACUCCGUACUUUAGUGAGUACUAACUAGUGUGCCUAGCUUAUAAGCUAACAUCUUUAUAAAACAUCAGUCUAAAUCAUGUUAUUGGUUUCAGUAGGUCAUUUGUGGUAUGAAUGGUCCUUCUUUAUGUUUACUUAUGUACAAUUCAUAAGUAAACAUGUAUAUUUGUGCAUAUGGGUAUAGUUACAUGCUCACUUAUACUUAAUUAUAUCUCUAUAACACCAACCAGUAAUUUUUCUUACCCAAGAUUUUUGGAGAUUGAAUUCACUUUAGUUUGAAUAAAACUUUUUUUUUUCUUUUUUAUAAGUUGUCUCCCUUGUGAAUGCCGCUGCAAGUAAUGUAUAUGUAAAAAUCACAUGUAACUGGCAAUUGUGCACAUAUUGUCAUUUUGAAUUCCAAUUUGCAGUCAUGCCUUACCUGUAUUGUAUAUUUUCUUGCACUGAAUUCAGUAAAUUGAAUGUGAUUAUUAUUUUUUAA